AAUAUCACGCAAGAUGAACAGUAAGCCUGAAAAAUGGUCUCUUCUUCCUGAUCUGUCAGAUCUUACAACACAGCUGUUUCCACCCAUCGAAAUCCCCAAACCUCUACAGUCCAAGCCUCCGCUGGAUAGUGGUCAGGUUCAUUGCUCUGAGUCGGAGAGCUGCAAGCGUAAAGAUGUUCUUACAGUUCCCACAGACAGUCCAGUUAGUUCACUUCAGGGUGGCACUGACUCAAAGGAGACUGUACAGCAAACUGUUAAACCCAAACACGUCAGGACGCCUCCUCAUUCAGAGACUCAAACAAAUUGUGCAGCAAAUGCAGCCACACAGCCUCAGGGUGAUGAGCAGAAGCCUGAGCUGACAAACACUGAACCAAACAACUCCUGGUCUGCAGUGGGGGAGCCCACUAUCACUGUGGAAGCUGAGUGCAUGUACGGAGACUUCGAGCAGGCAAUGGAACACCUUCGCCACCGUCUCAUUGCCACCCACAGUCCAGAGGAGAUACGAGGAGGGGGCCUGUUAAAAUACAGUGACCUGCUGGUAAGGAACUUCACACCAGCCAGUGAGACAGAGAUCAAGUCCCUGGAGCGGUACAUGUGCUCUCGCUUCUUCAUCGACUUCCCCGACGUGAGCGAGCAGCAGCGGAAAAUCGAGGCCUACCUGCAGCACCAUUUCAUUGGCAACGAGGAGACGAGCAAGUACGACUACCUGAUGACCCUGCGACGCGUGAUAGACGAAAGCACAGUUUGUUUGAUGGGGCAUGAGAGGAGACAGACGCUCAACAUGAUCACAGUCCUGGCUCUGAGGGUGCUGGGCGAGCAGAACGCCAUCCCCAACACUGCCAACGUCACCUGCUUUUAUCAGCCUGCUCCUUACAUGACUGAGCCCAUUUACAGCAGCUACUUCAUCGCUCAGGCCCAGCCCCCACUGGUCUACCACCCCUACCCUCUGCAUGUCCACAUGCAGACUGGCCUGGUCUAGCUACAGAGACACACCCACGGGGAGGCAU